AUAGAAAUGCAUCUAAUAAAGGAAAAUUAUAUAAGUCAGGAAGUAACACUAUUAAAUUUUGGUGUCUAAGUAGAGGUGUUGAGAAGUAGGUAUACUUUUUUGGCGUAGUUUUUCAUUUUCAUCAUAAUACCAAAAUGGUACAAGAUAGAGGCAUUGACUCAGAAACUGACCCAUGCAUACAAUUUGGCAAGUUAAUAUCCCGGGUUCCGCCUGGAGAACAAGUGGUUAUUUCAGGCAUGGCUGGGAUGUUUCCUUUAUCUGAAAACAUAGAAGAAUACCAAUACAAUUUGGAGCAUAAGAUCGAAAUGGUUACAGAAAUCCCUUCGCUACAUCCAGAAAUGCCGCCAAGAUUUGGAAAAAUGACAGAAAAAAGUAGUACGAGUUUUGAUGCGGGAUUUUUUGGUCUACAUCCAAAGCACAAUCUUACUCUGUCACCAGUCUCCAAGUUUCUUUUGGAAAAAUGUUACGAGUGUAUUUUUGACGCUGGAUUACAUCCAAGUGAUCUAAAAGGAAUGAAUACUGGCGUGUUUCUGGGUUUGUGCUUUAAUGAGGUUGAAUGUCACUGGUUUUUACGAGACCUCGUUGAGGGAGGGAAUUCUAUAUUAGGAAAUCUAAGAUCAGAUAUCGCGAACCGUAUAUGCUACGAAUUGAAACUUAAAGGUUUAACAAUGGUAACAGAUACAGCUUGCAGCAGCUCAGCUUAUGCUCUUGAAGCAGCUUUUAAAGCUAUAAGAAUGGGGCAAUGCGACGCUGCAUUAGUUGGUAGUGCCAAUUUGCUUAUUAGUGGUGGUUGCUCCUUGCAGUUUGCCAGGUUAGGCGUAUUAAGUCCUGAGGGUCGGUGUAGACCAUUCGAUAUUGAUGGUCUGGGAUAUGUCAGAGCAGAAGCAGCGUCGAUUAUUUUGCUUCAAAAAGCAAAGGACAGUAAGCGCAUUUAUGCUAGGAUAGUACACACUAAAACCAACUGUGAUGGUUACAAAGAACAUGGUAUUACUUACCCUAGUGGCGUAGCUCAGUAUAAUUUAUUAAAGGAAAUAUAUUUGGAGAGCGGCAUCCGUCCUGCGGAUAUGAGCUAUAUUGAAGCCCAUGGAACAGGAACAAUCGUUGGUGAUCCCGAAGAAACGAAUGCUAUAGACGAGUUUUUCACCCCAGGAAGAAGCACCCCAUUACUAAUAGGUUCUUGUAAGUCUAGCAUUGGACAUUCUGAGCCGGUGUCUGCUUUAUGUUCUAUUGUUAAGGUUAUUCUUGCUUUUGAAAGGAACAAUAUAUCUCCAAAUAUUAACUACAAGACGCCAAGACCAAUGAUUCACGGCCUUAUAGCUGGACGGCUCGAAGUAGUUGUAGAAAAUACACCGUUUAGAGAUGAUAAUCGUUUAGUAGGAGUAAGCAGCUUUGGUUUCGGUGGUGGCAACGCCCACGUUAUUCUUGAAGGUAUGAAAAAAAUUAAAACCAAUGAAGGCAGACCCAAAGAUAAAAUCCCAAGACUGGUAUGCAUCAGUGGUAGAACAGAAGAAGCAAUUGACGUGUUGGUCAAAGAUAUUAGUGAGAAAUUCGACGCUGAAUAUAUAGGACUUGUGCAUAACAUAUUCAGGAAAGAUAUUGAAAAUCACAUUUAUAGAGGAUAUGGUAUAGUAUCGGAAAAGGGAUCGUUGAAAAUGUCGUGUAAAUUGUUCAACCCGAACAAGUCAAAUGUGGCUUUAUUUUUUGGAGGACUUACUAAAUAUUCCAGAAAUGUAUUAAGUGAAUUAUUGACGUUGCCAGCUUUAGUCGACUUUAGUAAUUGCGUUUCCGAGUUUUUUUCGAAGAAAGAACUCGACUUAGAACACAUAAUGUCAAAUUUUUCGAAUGCUGCCUUCUUUAUCGCAGACAUGCUUACCCAACUCACCUUAACCGAAUUAUUGAAGCAAUUGGAAUUGAAAUUUACAACAAUCGAAGCUCGUUCCUUUGGAAAAUUUAGCAGCGCUUAUUUCCAGGAUCUGAUUUCAUUAAGUCAGUUCUUAGAAUGUGUUUAUGUAGUAGCAAUGGUGGCAGAAAAAACUGCCGUAAGCACAAAUGGUAGUGGAAUACGUUUUACAGCUUUGACCAAAUAUGAAAAGGAAAUAUUGAAGGAAUUCAAACGAAUUCUACCAGCACAAAAACAGAUGAAUGGUUUUCAAGGACCUACUAUGCCUCGUGACUCUCCCGAAUUCCUUGUAAAUGCUGUAUUUGAAAAAAAUCAAAUUGAAUUAAGUAAGAAACGUACAUAUUCUACAAUAUUGGAAGUUGGUCAAAGCUUGGCCGUUUCAAAGAAAAUCAAGUGCCCAGUUUUAAACAUGAGCGAACAAAAUAGUUUGGUGGACAUUUUCGAUAUAAUUGGAAGUUUAUAUGAAAAUGGUCUACAGCCGCAACUUUAUAAACUCUAUCCCAAAAUUGAGUUUCCUGUAAGUCGAGGCACUCCAAUGAUCUCCCCGAAGAUUAAGUGGAAACACGACCGCAAACAGUUCCUGCCAUCAUUCGAUUGCACCCUGUAUAAAACGUAUGCGAUGGUUUUCCGAAUAAGUCCCAACGAAGAUGAGUGGGCCGGUGUGGAUGGGCAUGUAAUUGAUGGAAGAAACCUAUUCCCAGCGACGGGAUAUUUGUUCCUAGCUUGGACCGUCUUUGCGGAGCUAUUAGCAGUAGAAGUGUCGAAACUUGGUGUGGUGUUUGAAAAUUGUAAAUUUUUGAGAGCUUGUAACGUACCGAAAGCGGAUGCACUUUCACGAAACAGCCUUGAGCUCCACGUGAUGAUUCAAAAGAUUUCUGGAAAUUUUGAAAUAACUGAAGAGGGUAUUCCAGUAGUGACAGGACGAAUCAAACUAAAAGACGCACACAGCAUGCCAAACAUUUCAUUUAAGGAACAAUUAUCUGAAAAGACGAUGGACUCCAAAGAUAUUUAUAAGGAACUAAGACUCAGAGGUUACCACUACAAAGGCCUUUUCAAAAAAAUCAUUCAAUGCAAUCAAGCAGCAACCAGAGGUAAAAUACAGUGGUGCGAUAACUGGAUAGCAUUUAUGGAUAAUAUGCUUCAAAUGCAGAUUCUUAGUGAAGAUACUAGACUCUUGUUUGUUCCUACUAAGAUAUCCAAAUUAACUAUUGAUCCCGAUAGACAUUGGGAACAAAUAAAUCUGCUGAAAAAAGGGCAGGAUGUAACUGUUGAUUUGCCAGUAGAAGUAUAUCAUAAUUCUGGAAUCAUUAGAUCUGGGGGAAUAGAAAUUAGUGGUCUGCUAGCAUCUUCAAUACCUCGAAAGAAAACUACUGCAGUACCAGUAUUGGAAAAGUAUCAGUUUGUGCCAAAUCAAGCACAGCUACCGCUGGAACAAGCUGUUAGAGUCUUUACGCAAAUAGCUUUGGAAAACCAUUGCGGCCUUAAAAUUAAAGCGGUUGAAGUUCUUGAUGAAGAAAGUGAUGAAAAUCUAACCCCACUAGCUCCAUUGAUUCAAGAAGUUUUAAGUGAUCAACCACUAGUUCAGACUGACAUUAGUAUCUUGACCAGCCAAACACUUGAUUUAAAUGUAAAUGUUCAAAAUAAAAAAUUACAACAUGAAACAGACUGUACGCUUGUAGUUGGAAGCAAAUUAUUAAGUAGAACUAAUCUUCUUCAAGAUGCCGUAGCGGUUACUAAAGAUAUUGGUUUCGUUAUUAGUAGAGAAUCCUUAGAUGCAGAUACAAGCCAAAGUUUUAUGGGGCUACAAAUAAUAAAUAUAUGUAGAACUCCCCAAGAAAUGUUAGUAUUUUUGAAAAAAAGUAAUCAGGCAAAUAAAUCAAGGGUCUUUAUAAAUGUCAAUACAAAGACAAGAAAGUUCGAUUGGUUAGAAGAGCUAAAGGAAGCGGUAAAAAAAGAUCAAGAUGUGAUUGCGUGGUGCCAAAAUGAACCUCUGAAUGGUAUAAUUGGUCUUAUAAAUUGUAUUUCUAAAGAACCUGAUUGCAAGCAUAUCAGAUGUCUGUUUAUAGUAGACAAAGCACCAAACUUUGAGCCAACUAUGCCAUUCUAUAAAGUACAACUUGAUAAACAGUUAGUUAUCAAUGUUUUUAAGAACGGAUCUUGGGGUACAUACAGACAUCUCAUUUUGGAUGACGUACCAGAAGUUGAAAGCGAACACUGCUAUGCCAACAGCACAGUUAGAGGAGAUUUAUCAAGCAUCAAAUGGAUCGAAGGACCUCUGAAAAUUCAGAAUAACAAAAAUCAAAAUAUUGUUAAAAUAUACUAUGCUUCCUUAAACUUCAGAGAUGUUAUGACUGCAUCAGGCCGAAUAAACGCAGAUGUGAUCACAAGAAAUCGAAGGGAGCAAGAAUGCGUUCAAGGUUUUGAGUUUUCUGGAAAAACUUUAAGUGGUAAAAGAGUGAUGGGUAUGUUAUCUCAAGGAACAUUGGCUACAAUGGUUAAAUCAGAUGAGAACCUUUUAUGGGAUGUGCCAAACAAAUGGACCCUGAAAGAUGCAGCUACAGUGCCUGUAGUCUAUAGUACUUGUUUAUAUGCUUUGGUUGUCGUUGGUAAAAUAAAACCCGGUAACUCAGUACUAAUCCAUUCAGGAACUGGCGGAAUUGGACAGGCAGCCAUAAACCUUUGCUUAAAUAUGGGUUGUACAGUAUUCACCACUGUGGGCACCGAAGAGAAACGAAAAUACAUUAAAAGAAAUUUCCCACAAAUUAACGAAAGUCACAUAGGCAACUCUAGAGAUCUCAGUUUUGAACAAAUGAUAAUGAAAGAAACAAACGGUGCUGGAGUGGACAUAGUGCUUAAUUCUCUUGCUGAAGAGAAAUUACAGACCUCUGUACGAUGCUUGGCCAAAAAUGGUCGGUUUUUAGAAAUUGGGAAAUUUGACUUAGCCAAUGAUAAUCAGUUAACACUAUUGCCUUUCGAAAAAGGCAUCAGUUAUCAUGGAGUUAUGUUGGACAAGCUCUUUAAUGAACCAGACGAAGUUAAAAUGGAGCUUAAAACGUUGCUACAAAAGUUCAUUGAUAGUGGUGCGGUUAAACCAUUACAACCGACAGUAUUUAAAACAAACGAGGUCGAGCAGGCGUUUAGAUUUAUGACCACAGGAAAACAUAUGGGAAAAGUGUUAGUUGAAAUAAGGAACGAGGAUGAACAACAUCAUCAAGAGAAAUUUAAAUGUCUUCCAAGGUAUAAAAGUAAAAUUAUUACCAUGUAUAACUUUAAAAUAUAUUUUUUAAAAUUUUUCAGGUACUUAUGUGAUCCGAAUAAGACUUAUGUAAUUUGCGGUGGCCUGGGUGGCUUUGGAUUAGAGUUGGCUGACUGGCUUAUUCUUAGAGGAGCUCAAAAUCUGGUGUUAACUUCUCGAAAGGGGAUUAGUACUGGAUAUCAACAAUAUAGAGUGUCAAUCUGGAAAAGUUACGGUUGCAACAUCACAAUUUCCACCAAAGAUAUAACAACAAAACAAGGCUGUGAAGACCUUAUAAAAGAAGCAAACAGCAUUGCGCCAAUAGGAGCCAUUUUUAACUUAGCUGUAGUUUUAAGGGACGCCAUUUUGCCAAAUCAAAAUGAAGAAUCUUUUGCCGCGUCUUUCGGUCCUAAGGCAUGCGCUACUGAAUACUUGGAUGAAAUUACUAGAAAACUGUGCCCUCAAUUAAGAGACUUUGUCGUCUUUUCUUCGGUAUCUUGCGGUAGAGGUAACGCUGGACAAACAAACUACGGUAUGUCAAACUCGGUAAUGGAAAGAAUAUGUGAAAAAAGACGAGCUGAUGGGUAUCCAGGCUUGGCUAUUCAAUGGGGCGCUAUAGGAGAGGUUGGGCUUGUGGCUGAAAUGCAGGAGGAUCAUGUGGAACUAGAAAUUGGUGGUACCUUACAACAAAGCAUAUCGAACUGUUUGCAUGUUAUGGAUACUCUUUUAAGGCAGAAUGAUGCUGCAAUCGUUUCCAGUAUGGUGGUAGCUGAAAAGAAAACUACCUCGCUAACUGGCAAUAUUAUGGAAGUUAUUGGCGGAAUAUUAGGAAUAAGAGACAUAAAGGCUGUCAGCAUACAUUCGACUUUCGCUGAGUUGGGUAUGGAUUCAAUGACUGGUGUAGAAGUUAAACAAACUUUGGAAAGGGAAUAUAACAUAUUUUUGUCGCCCACUGAAAUAAGAAGUGUGACCUUAAAAAGGAUAAAGGAAAUGCAGGAAGAAGGAGAGUCUGGAGAACUUGUUAACAGUAACGAAUCAGAGGGUAUAAUGGAUUGGCCGGUGAUAUUAAGAUAUGUCCUGGAGAGUGAGGAACAAAAAGGUUGUAUUAUUAAGUUGAAAUCUAAAAGUUCAGAUAAGGAUCCAUCCACAUUGCCGCGAAUCAUUGCUCUGCCAGGUAUCGAGGGAGUCUGCAGGCUCAUAGAAAGUCUCACAGAAAAUUUAGAAGUAGAUGCAUAUGGAGUAAAUUAUAUUGCCGAAAGCCAAGAGGAUAGUAUACAAAAAUCUGUAAAUAAUAUACUGCCUCACGUAGAGAAACUUUUACAAAAACAUAAGCCCUUCCACAUAUUGGCCCACUCAAUGGGCUCUUUACUAGCACUAGAAAUAGUUGCUAGAUUGGAAAAAUUAGGAUUCAACGGUACCGUGACUUUUAUCGAUGGCUCGCCUCAUAUGUUGAAAUUACUUGUUGGAAAUCAAAGGGAUGAAGAUUUAGCCAAUAUUCUCAUUGACAGUAUUUUGAGAAUACAGAAGAUUGAAGAGGAAGCUGCAACAAUCAUGAAAGACAUCUGUCCAUGCCCAACGUUAGACGAUAAACUGACCAAAAUGGUUCAGAAUCUUACUUUAGAUGACAGAAUGACGGACGAAUUUGUCCGUCGUGGCUUUAUUGCUACAUGGAAACGGAUUCAAGCAACACGCAAUUAUUCUUCGGACGUCAAACUAUUAAAAUCUAAGCCGAAUUUGUUCAAGGCAUCAAUUCUGAGCGUCAAGAACUUACCAGAUGAUUACGAACUCGGGCAGUAUUUUGAGGAACCUUUGAAUAUCUCGGUACUGGAGGGAACCCAUACGACAAUUCUGCAACGCAAGGAACUCGCGGAUGCCAUAAUGAGCUACAUAAAGUAAUCAAUUUGGGAUUAAGAUACUUACACUAUUUAUUUAAUAAAUUAUAGAAGCACAGUA